ACUGUUGCAGUAACCUUUACAUAAAUUUCAACCUAAGACUAUUCCAUUUUUGCAUAGGAUAACAAUGGAUUUUCAAAGUUCUUCAAUUCCGUUGCUCUUUAUCUGGAUCAUGGUAGUAUUCUUGAUUAUCAAAAAAAUCUUCACGAUCAAAACAUCAAGAUUCAACAAAAAAUUGCCACCAGGUCCAUGGAAAUUGCCCAUAAUAGGAAACAUUCAUAACUUACUCGGUUCUCUACCACACGUUCGCCUCAAUGCCCUAGCUCAGGUAUUUGGACCCAUCAUGCAUCUUCAACUCGGUGAAGUUACCACCAUUAUCGUUUCUUCUCCGGAAAUCGCCAAAGAAAUCAUGAAAACUCAUGACUUAAAUUUUGCCAGCAGACCCUUCAACGUCGCAGCAAAUAUCAUCUCUUCUUCAAACCUUGCUUUUGCGCCAUACGGUCCGUUUUGGAGACACAUGCGAAAAAUUUGCACUAUGGAGCUGUUUACUGCUAAACGAGUUCAAUCCUUCCGACCCAUAAGAGAAGAGGAGAUUCUGAAUGUUAUGAAAUCCAUUUCUUGUAGCGAAGGAUCGGAGGUUGAUCUGAGUACGAUGUUGUUUGGUUACACGUAUAAGGUUGUUUCUGGGGCAGCUUUUGGUAAGAUAAGAAAAGAACAAGAAGCAUUUGUUCCAUAUAUAAAGGAUAUAAUUGAAGCUAUUUCAGGUUUUAGUAUUGCGAAUUUGUUUCCUUCUGUUAAAUUAUUGCAUAAUAUUGGUGGCAUGAAAGCUAGAGUGGAAAUGUUGCAUCAUGAAUCUGAUAAGAUACUCGAAAGUAUCAUCAAUGAUCAUAGAUAUAAACGAAAAGGUUUGCCAAAAAAGAUGAACGAUGAGGAAGAAGACGAUCUUAUAGAUGUUCUUUUGAAUCUUCAGGAGGAUGAAAAUCUUGGAUUCAGUUUAGCAACAGAAUCCAUCAAGGGCAUCAUCAUGAACAUGUUCAUCGCAGGGAGCGAAACUUCAUCUACAACUACAGAAUGGGCAAUGUCGGAAAUGAUGAGAAAUCCGAAAAUGAUGGAAAGAGCACAAGAUGAGGUAAGAAAUAUGUUUAGCAAGAAAGGAUAUGUAGAUGAAGCAGAUUUUGGAGAAUUAAAAUACCUAAAAUUAGUUAUCAAAGAAACUCUAAGACUACACCCUCCAGUUACAUUAUUGCUACCAAGAGAAUCUCAAGAAGAAUGUGAGAUUAAUGGAUAUUAUAUACCAAAAAAAUCUAAAGUACUUAUUAAUGCAUGGGCUAUCGGAAGAGAUCCGACAUAUUGGAGUGAAGCUGAAAGUUUUAUUCCUGAAAGAUUUAUAGAUAGCAAAAUUGAUUACAAAGGAACUGAUUUUGAGUUGAUACCAUUUGGUGGUGGAAGAAGAAUAUGCCCUGGUAUAACAUUUGGAAUUGCUAAUGUAGAGCUUCCACUUGCUACUUUACUAUACUAUUUUGAUUGGAAACUCCCUCGUGAAAUUAAGCCAAAUGAUUUGGACAUGAUUGAGGCUGCUGGGCCUUCAACUAGAAGGAAAAAUAAUUUGAGUUUAAUUCCUACUGUAUAUCAUCCUCUUCCUGUUGUAUUAUGAAAAUCUCAUAAAAAAAGAUGGUUGUUCUGAACAAAUUCAGAAAUAAUGGUGGAUUUGAAAUUUACGGAAAAAUUGGAUUGAAAAUCCGAAUGAUAGAAUUUUUGUACUUGUGACAUAAUGUAAAAGUGUGCGAAGGGCCAACAAACUGAGACAAGAUAAUUCUGUACCUAGCCAUCUAUAUAUUCUGACAUAAAAGUGCAUGUAAGUGAUGACGGAACACUAUUUUGAAACAUACGGUUAACUCAUUGAGACAUAUAAACAAACAGGUUGAAGACAAUACAAUUUACAUUUCAAAUUAGUAAAAAAAAUUAUAAAAAAUUCAACCAUUCACUCAGCUGGAUCAUUGGGUAAUACAAACAGAACAGCAAAAGGACAUUUAAUUCAUCGAAACCUGAAUAAUAAGACAAAAAUCUUCAAAAUUGUUCCAACAUUCAUAAUCAGAUCGGAAAAAGAAAUCACAGAGAUUUGAAGAAUGAAGGUUUAGCAACAACAGAUUGAAGAUCAAGUUUGCGUCUUAAAUCAGUAGAUUACUCAAAUUAUGAUGAUACACGAGAGAGCAACGUCAACUAUUGCAACUUGGAAAAGAAUAAGAAAUCGACACCGAAGAAGAUGCAGCAACGCCACGCUGCAGAGGUAGAAAUUGUAAAUUUCAAAAUAAAAAGUAGUAUAUAUUUUCAACUUAUUUCAUGCAAAUCGUAUAUUUCAAUAACUUUUGGUC